AUUCAAUGGAGAAGAAUAUCUGUUAAUAAGAUAAAAAUGUUAGAAGAAGACGAAGAUUUUCUGGAAUCAGAAACUCAACUUACCGAUGACCAGAAAAUUGAGAUUGCCAAAUGGUUCCUUCUUAAUGCCCCCGCCGGCGAAAUUCAGUACGUCGCCAAAGAUGUUAGAGCCAUUUUAAAGGACGAAAAUAUAUAUAAGAAAGCGGCCGAGGAGUCAUUUCCUUCGUACAACAAAUCUCACUUGAUUUGUCUCGAAUUCCCAAACAGAAGUGGCGAUGUACUGAUUACAUCCUUCAGUGAGGUUGAUAAGGAUGAGUAUCUUGAUCCCCGAACUGCCCAGGUUGCCAGAGUUGACCAUGUCAAGCAAGUUUGUAAAGAUGUUAGGCCAGCAAGAGAUGAAGAACUUCCAUCUGCUUUCGUGGAAGAAUAUAGGUCUGCCAUGGAUGCUGAAAUUAUGAAGUAUGUGAGUGAAACAUAUCCAAAAGGCAUCAGUUCAGUUUACUGUACGAAGGGAAAGGAUGUGGAAGAGCCAGGAUUCGACUUUGAACUUGUUGUGGUGAUUUCAGCUGCUAGGCAUAGUCCUCAGAAUUUCUGUAAUGGAAGCUGGCGAUCAAUAUGGAAUAUUGAAUUUAAGGAUGAAAUUCAAUCUGUAGAAGUGAGAGGCGAGAUGCAGGUUGGCGCACAUUACUUUGAAGAGGGAAAUGUACAGCUAGAUGCAAAACACGAAUGUAAGGAUACAACGCUAAUUCAGUCCCCAGAUGAUUCUGCAUUUUCCCUGGUCAACAUUAUUCGCCACCAUGAGACUGAGUAUCUGGCUUCUCUUCAGGUUUUUACGUUGUUCCUGCAUCACAUUCAAUCCCUCUUUCUAUCAUGUCACCUAACACUUCCCCCUUCCCUGCCCCUCUCUUCCACCACUUCUCUAUCAAGUCUCUGUUGCCGGUAUUUUUGUUCCAAGUUACUGAUCGAGUUUUUACUGGCAGACAUCUUACUUGAAAUUGCCUGAUACCACUUUCAAGGACUUGCGGAGGAAGCUUCCCGUUACUCGUACAUUGUUCCCAUGGCACAACACUGCACAAUUUAGCCUUACAAGAGACAUUGAAAAAGAACUUGGAAUUGGAAAAUAGAAACAGUGCACGUCUUUUGUACAAGUUGAACAUGUAUACACCAUUCCUGAUAUGACAAGCGGGUUUACUUGAGAUUGCCGUCUGUCAUUUGUUGUCUUCUCCCUUGUGUUCCUUUGAGGGAGGGAUUUUCACUUUCAGUUAUUUUCCAUGUUUGCUAAUGUGUGAACUUCCCCUUAGUUGUUAAUUUGCCAGUUGGCCUGAGGGAGUUGUGUAUGUUGUGAAGAGUUGUCAAGUACUGAAUUGGAAGUCUUUCUUCAUGGUUUUUAACCUUGGAAUGACUGAACAAUGCUGGUGAAGAAUGAUAAUUUUUAGUUGUUAUAGUGUACUUACUUUUUUCAAAGGUUUGAAAGGUCGAGGCGAAUAUAACCAUCAAAAUGUUCAAACUUUGUUGUAAUUUCAUAUAAUUUGUCCCUUUUAAGAUUUUGUUGGAUCAUAACACCUGUGAACCUUUGUUUGGAUGGUUGUUAUAUCAUUUAAUAAUUUAUCCUA